AUGCAAGUGCUGUGCCUGCUGCUGCCCUGUGCUGCAGAGGGGAGGCUGGAGGAUGGAGACAGCCGCUGUGCUGGGAGAGUGGAGGUGAAACACCAGGGCCAAUGGGGGACUGUUGAUGACUGGGAAAUGGAAUAUGUUGCUGUAGUUUGUAAGCAGCUGGACUGUGGAUCUGCUCUCCAAGCCACUCAGUGCGGAUAUUUUGGGUCAGGAUCUGGCCCAAUUUGGCUGUACUCUCUAUUGCUGCUGCUCUCCCUGGGGAAAGUCCCAGGAUUUGUUCAGCUGGUUGGAGGGAACAGCCCCUGUUCAGGACAUGUGGAGAUCAGAGAUGGAGACCAGUGGAAAACAGUCUGUGACUUACACUUUAGUGUGAAAGCUGCAAAUGUCAUCUGUAGGGAUCUGUAGUGUGGCAUAGCCCUGUCUGUCCAUGACGGAGCUCACUUUGGAGAAGGGGUUGGUCCCGUCUGGGAUGGAGAGCUGCAGAUUCAGGCUGGUGAAUGGCAGCGUGGAGUGUUCAGGACGAGUGGAGAUCGAGGUGGAAGGGACCUGGGGUGUGACUCUGACUGGGAUAUCUCCGAUGCUCAUGUUCUCUGUCAUCAACUUAACUGUGGAUUUGCUAAGUCCAUUCCUGCAGGAGGGCACUCUGGGAGAGAAACAGGCCCUGUCUGGAGAGACACUUUCCACUGUAAUGGGACUGAAUCCCAUUUGGGACAGUGCCCUUUGACUGCUCUGGGGGACUGCGAGCCCCUGACAGACGGGUUUCUCCUGUGUGCAGAGAGCCAGCAGGUGCGGCUGGUGCACAGGGCAGGGCGCUGUGCUGGAAGAGUGGAGAUCUUCUGCAACGGCACCUGGGGGAUCGUCUGUGAUGACUCCCGGGACCUGCUGGAUACCACCAUUGUUUGCCACCAGCUAGGCUGUGAGGUGGCUGUGAAUUUCACUGGCUCUGCUCAUCACGGGGAAGGUUCUGGGCAGAUCUGGCUGGAUGACGUGAAUGGCUCCAGGGAUGAAGCUGCUCUCUGGGACUGGCCGGCCAGGCCCUGGGGGUAGCACAACUGCAGGCACAAAGAGGACGCAGGAGUCAUCUGCUCAGAGUCCAUAGCCCUGAGGCUGGAGAACAGUGAUGGCUGCUCUGGGCGCCUGCAAGUUUUGUACAACGGGACAUGGAGGAGUGUUUGCUCCAACUCGAUGACUCUGAGUACCGUGUCUCUGGUGUGCAAACAGCCGGGCUUUGGAGAUGGAGGAUUCCUUGAAACAGGCCUGCCAUGUGGCAAGACCCUCCCAACUACACCAGCGACACGGAGGCUUCUGUGUUCUCCAGAGAUGGAGAAGAUUUGUGUUGUGGGAGGAGAUGAUGGCUGCUCAGGAAGAGUGGACGUUUGGCACAACAGUACCUGGGAGACGGUGUGCCAUGCCUCCUGGGCCAUGAAGGAUGCCAAGGUGGCCUGCAGGCAGCUGGGUUGCGGUCCUACCAUGUCUGCCCUGGGAGGGCCUGUGUUUGGGGAGGGGUCUUGGCUGCAGCAAGUGGAGUGCGGAGGGACGGAAUGGUCUCUCUGGGACUGCAAAGUGCAGUGUGGGAACAGCGGUGCCUGCCAGCACAAGGAAGAUGCUGCUGUGACGUGCUCCGGCUCUAGGAGGUCUCUGGAGCCCUUCUCUGAGGUUGUGUACCAGGAGAUCGACUACAGACAGAUGUGGGAGAAGCAGGGGGAUGUUGUACAGGGGGGUGCCUUUGACCAUCCUUAA